GCACGCUUCGGCUAGAAACUUGUACUCCCUAGUCCGUACAAGCUAAGCCGCCCUGGGUUCUCUCCUGGCUGCGUGUCUUCUCAGUCCGGUCAAUUUUACAACUUACAAGUAAACACGGAGAGAAGAGAAGUCGAAGAAAAUGGCAGAGAACGGAAGCAGAGCAACUUCCGCCGAAGAAGGUCCGGCGAUAGGAAUCGAUCUGGGGACCACAUACUCUUGUGUUGGAGUUUGGCAACCCCAGCAUGACCGUGUGGAGAUCAUCGCCAACGAUUUAGGCAACCGUACGACGCCGUCAUGGGUUGCCUUCACAGAUAUUGAACGCCUCAUCGGUGAAUCUGCCCAGAACCAGGCUGCAAAGAAUCACUCUAAUACCAUCUUCGAUGUGAAGAGGCUGAUGGGUAGAAAAUUUGGUGAUGAAACCGUACAAAAUGAUAUGAAGCACUGGCCAUUUAAAGUCAUAUCUGGCCAUGAUGAUGGCAGUGGACAGAAACCUAUGAUUGCUGUGCUUUAUAAACGUGAAGAAAAGUUAUUUGCUGCUGAGGAGAUAUCUUCAAUGAUCCUCCAAAAGAUGAAGACUGUUGCAGAGACUUACCUGGGAAAACAAGUGAAUAAUGCUGUGAUCACUGUUCCUGCCUACUUCAACAAUUCCCAGCGUCAAGCAACAAAAGAUGCAGGUCUCAUUGCGGGACUUAAUGUCUUACGUAUCAUAAAUGAGCCCACAGCUGCUGCAUAUGCCUAUGGUCUUCACAAUAAAGAAACUGCAAAUGCUGAUUCUGCUUUAAAGACCAUUCUGGUCUUUGAUCUUGGAGGUGGUACUUUUGAUGUCUCCAUUGUCACAAUGCAGAAGGGCGUGUUUGAAGUCAAAGCAGUUAAUGGUGACACUCACCUUGGCGGAGGAGAUUUCAAUAACAGAAUGGUGGCCCACUUUCUUGAAGAGUUCGAGAGGAAACACAAAAAAGAUAUAAGGGGAAAUCCUAGGGCUCUUGCGCGGUUAAGAGCAGCUUGUGAAAGGGCCAAGAGAAACCUCUCUUCAGUUGUUGAAACGUCUGUUGACAUUGAGUGUCUGUUUGAGGUCAUUGAUUUCUCUUCGAGCAUUAGCCGUGCACGAUUUGAGAAGAUGAAUAUGGAUCUGUUCAACGAUUGCAUGGAGACAGUUGAGAGGUGUUUGAAGGAUGCAAAGAUGGAGAAGAGUGAUAUCCAUGAUGUUGUUCUGGUUGGUGGGUCAACCCGAAUCCCAAAGAUUCAGACUUUGUUACUAGACCUCUUUCAGGGAAAGCAUUUAUGCAAAAGCGUUAACCCAGAUGAAGCAGUUGCCUAUGGAGCAGCUUUUCAUGCUGCAUCCCUGAAUGGUGCCUCUUUGGGUGUGUAUAAGGAUAUUAUCCCCUUGGAUGUUGUUCCUUUAUCUCUUGGUAUUAAGUUGCAUGGUGGUGAAAUGUCAGUUUUCAUUCCAAGGAAUAGUCCCAUCCCCACAAAGAUAGUAAAAGACAACUUUGCAAUGCCUUCAGACUACCCUACCACUUGUAGGAUUGGGGUGUAUGAGGGAGAGAUGCCCAUAGCAGAAGACAACAACUUCCUGGGCAAAUUCUUUCUCCAUGACAUUCCACAACUACCCAAAGGUGAUGCUAGGGUCAACGUUAGCUUCGAGAUUGAUACCAAUGGAAUCUUGACUGUGUCUGCAGAACUAGCCGGGAGUAGCAACAAGGACCAAAUCACAAUAACCAAUCACAGCGGAAGGUUGUCAAAAGAGGAGAUUGACCGUAUGGUAAAGGAGGCAGAAAGUUAUAAGGCAGAAGACGAGGAGUGCAAGAAGUCACGUGAAGCUAAAAAUGCUCUGGAGAGUUACAUUGACUACGCGAAGGUCAUUUUGAGAACAUGUCAAUCCAGGGUCGGGAGGGAAGACAUGUUAACUUUGAAGGACACAGUGGAGAAGACUGAACAAUGGCUACAGUGGAAUAACCUUCUUAGUAUUGCUCGCAAAUUUGAUGAAAAGAGAGUAGAGCUAGAGAUCAUAUGUGAGUCCAUUGUUUCAAAGGUGCACCCUCGGAAGGGAAGCCACACUGUUGACGAGCCUUACACCGUUGAGCUGGUGGAGUAGCGGAGGCUGAUGAAGGAGGGUAUAGAGCUUGAAAACCUUUUUUGUUUGACAACAUUAUGACCUCCAGGGAACAUAUCCCUGUUAGCUUAACCCUCGCAUUUUCCCCUUCGUUGCUGUAUGUUGACCCAUUGUUUCGUGUUUAAAACGUGUCUUCUAGUAGGCCUUGUUUAUUUAUCCUUAUGCUAUGUUGCUUAGCUCUAGUUUUAAUGUGCAUUUACCUACUUUUUGGCUCAGAUUCCCUCUUGUGUUCGUUGUGUUUUCCCUAACGGCUUUGCCAUUUUGUAGACCAA